AUUUUCGUAAACCCCACCCGCUGGAGAAAGAGAAAGACAAACGUUCUUAUACGUGAUUCUAUACCGUAUCAUGUUUAAGAAUCUUCUUGCAAUGAAAUCGAUUCCUAUAUGAUUGGUGAUUAUACAUCUCAUUAGAGAUAUCUAUAUCUUCUUUGAAAGUGUUGCCAUUAUGUUAGAUCCAAUGACAGCUCUCGGCAUUGCUGGCAACAUUGUCCAGUUCGUAGAUUUCUCAAUUAAGCUUUUGGGAGAUGCGCAUGAGCUUCACAAGUCUGCAGAGGGCUCUCUUCAGGAGAGCCUUGAUGUCGAGAAGGUUGCGGGAACAAUAAGAAUUCUUCAGAUGAAGUUGAGAAUUCAAGACGAUCAUCAUGUCAGUGGCGAUGACAAGGCCGAAAACUUAUUGGAAGAACUGUGCACAAGUUGUGAUGAGACGGCAAAAGAACUCUUCGAGGUUUUGGGAAGUCUUAAAGUACAGGGGAAGAAGUCGCCGUGGAAGAGCAUGCGGCAAGCGAUAAAGAGUAUCAAGGGGAAGGCUACUAUUGCGAAAAUAUGCGACAGGCUCAAUGGAUUCCGGGAGACUCUUGAAUUGACCAUUCUUGUGGAUUUAAGAAACUUGAUCUCCAAUCAGUCGUCAACUCUGACAAUUUUAAGCAUCUUGAAAGUGGCAGUCAGGACAUUGUCCUUUCCCUUCUUCAGAAUCGGAGUAUCUUCACGACAACCAUUGAUGCACAAACUGCCGAGUUGAAGGAGAUUCUUCAAAAGGAAGCCGUCAUCGCUGCUCUUCAGCAUGAGGAUGUCAAGUCAACAUUGCUCGCAACCGUCGAAGAUAUCA